AUGGGCAUAGACGAUGAGAACGUCGUGAUGGAUGCAGCUUCCCUGAGCAGGACGAACGUCAUGAAGCGACGUUCCGCCGUUGACGCCGCGUCGGGUCAUCCGUUCAGCCCACGCAACCCUGCCACACAGCGCCCUCGCGCUCAUCCCCUCGAUGGUUCACAUCCACCCCUUCCUCGUGCUGCGUCGCCGCCAAAACCCAGCGCACGCUCACCCCUAUGCACGCUCGCGCCCAGAAUCCUCGUGCUCGUGCUCUCUGCUGUCGAUGUUCCCGCUGUCGAAGUCACCAUCUUCAACGGUGUCGACGCCAACCCCUUCGACAUCACUGCCCCCGCCUCCGCCAGGGAACACGAUGUCCUCGUCGAGUUUCCCACCCUAGUAAACCGCACGCUGAAGACACUAUGGGCGCGCGAUGUCGCGGACCCGCCAGACGAGAACAUGUAUCAGUGCAGGCGAUUCUUAUAUUCCUCCCUCAAACACCGCUUCCACGUAUCCACCGUCACUCCCCAGUCGCGCGGUGUCUUUCUGUCUAACACUGCCAGCACGGACACCCUCCUCGCCGCUGAUACAGCCUCCACGAGCACGCUCUCGGUCUCUCGAUAUUCUCCGUCCUCAGGGCCGUCAUCGCACAUUCCGAAGUCGUGGUCGGCGCGCCCGCGUGAGAGCCGAUGUGGGCAUAUGGGUUCCGCCUAUGUUGGGUGGCGGUUCCUCUUGAAGAUCGGGCGCGCGGUGUCCAUCCGCAGGGUGAUCAAACAGGAGCUAGGGCAGUACACGCCCGCCCCAGCAUCAGCAUCAAACGAGUUUUCGCCCACCCUGUACUCGGUCGAGGAGGCAAAGCCGGCGGCGCCUGUGCAGCGUGCGAGCUCAUCGUCGGCCUCGAACAGGCGCGUGGACCACCCAGAGGACCACUACCCGCUGCAGCCCAAUCUGCUCCGCCAGCAGCCGCCCUACUCGGCCGAGUCGCUGUUGAGGCAUCUGCCAUUGUCAGGGCGCUCGUCGGGCGACAGCCGCUUCCGCAAAGCGUCGUCAGAGUGCUCAAGCUCCGCGGGCUGCUCGCUGCCGCCAAUCUUUGGUUAG